AUGGAAGCAAUAGGGUAUCAGCAACCUCAAUCAUUUUAUGGAGCUCAAGGUUUGUAUAAUCAGCACGGUAAGCGUGUGAGAACUUUAUGCGAGAAGGAAAUACACGUAGCAAGGAGCCAUGAUAAGAUCUCUCCUAGUUCUUAUAAUUAUGAUCCUUCUCAACGUGAUCGGUGCACAGAGAUUGCGAGAAAAUCAGCUUUCCGGACGUCGUGGUGGAAUGACAGGGAUUUGGAUAGAAAACGUAGGGUGACCAAAUACAAGCUUUAUGCAGUUCCAGGUAAACUCAAGUCUUCUCUCCAAAAGGGAUUUCAUCAUUUGAAGAUGACAUGCAAGAAGAUUCUAUUCUAG